AUGGAUGCAGUAUAUCUCUACCAAUCCUGCGUUGUGCAUGAACAAUGCGACAAGACCACUCAGCAAAUAGCGAUUACCGAGAUAGCGGGUCUGGCACACUUCUACGUUUUCAACCAUAGUAAGACGGUUAUGGCCACACCGACCUUUACGAUCUUCGCCACCGAGCUAUGGCUCAAAGAACAGGUCCUUUUGGCCAAAUAUCCGAAAAUUAAAUCUGGAUAUAAAGGGAUGGUAUUCUCCGAGAUCAUUGCUCAACAGCUUAGCGGUGGAGAAUUCGUUCGGGACAUGAUUGUCGCAGUGAUGGUCAAGGGAGCAGGGGGUUCUGCCGAUACACUUGCAGCCUACAAUAUCAAAUACCUUCGUUCGGCUCUCGCAGUCGAUUCCCCAAAUUUCGAUCUGAUCCGAGUCCUUAUUUUCAUUCUCAUGGUUAGUUGUGAUGGUAAUGGUGAGAUACUGGCGGCAUUCGAGCGACGGUCUGGGAUUACGUUCGCGACGAAGGCAUUCCUUGCUGCCGCAAAUCGAAUCACGAAGUCUAUGGAUUUUGACGUCUUACAGACACUUCGGGUCUCGUAUCUUUUCUUUGAUAAUAUGUCACUGCUACAGACAAAUCCUGGUUGGAUUGCAAAAGCGCUCGAGGCCGGACUCCUCAGCGCCUUCUUGCUUUCGUGUUCAGUGGUCGAAACAAAGCUUGAUAGUAGCCUUGCCAUGGUGGCUGUCAAAGUGUUUGAUAUCAUCAAGAAAGCUUUCGUCUUGCAUUCUGUUCUACUCGCGCUCGAACAGCCUUUCCAAGAGAUCAUUGAAUCCGAUAUCGCUAAACCUCGGGUUGCAGGGUUAUUGUGGAAAGAAUGGGUAUCAUUCACGGACAUGGCAAAAGAGCGGCUGAUGAUCAUGGAUGUCGCUGACAUGUGUAGGGUCACGAAAUCGAGUUCGAGUAGAACUUGCGGGUUCUCUGCAGUGAGUGGCUUUGACAUUGACGUUCCCAAUUUUAUGCAUUCUCUUACUUUCAUCUCCUAA